ACCGGAACAGGUAACUGACGGCCAGCCACGAGUCAAAGAACUGCGAUGUAAACAGGCGCAGCAGCAGCGACGAGUUAGUCGAGUGCUCCACAACGCUGCUGCUGCUGCUGCUGUCGGCGGGCUGCGGGCUGGAUGCUGACGAGAGGUGCGUCGGGGCUUGCAGCUCAGUCUCUGCGGUUUCUGCUGCAUGGCUGCUGCUGCUGCUGUCCGGUCUGUGUCAUGCUUUUGUCGUCUAGAUUAGAGGAGAAAUCGGAGUAUACUAAAAAGGAAUAAGUAAUUGAGCAUGAAAGAAACGUGGAGUUUGAAAAAAGCAGCAACAGCAGCAACAGCAGCAGCUACCUGGCUGGCCAAGUGGUAUUUGCUGAAAGGGCCAGCCGGAUUUUCGUCGAGACCUAGAAUUGGGUGAGUACCACUCAGAUCGCUCUUGCCUCUGCUACUCUCUUGAAUACCUGAAUUUCGUUCUUUUUCUAUAUCCUUCCCAGAUGAGUCGUUUUGUGAAGCUUUCGCUGCUGGCACUGACGUGCAUGGCGCUGCUGGCCACCAAGGCCAUGGCCGACGAGCUCGAAGACGUGACAGGCGAGGUCCCGCUGCCGACAGGCCGAGGCCCCCAAGCCCGCUACCCCGACCGGACCAACUACAAGACCGAGGCCAUGCUUCUGGCGGUGGUGGCCGGGCUGGUGGCCAACUACCUGUACGGCUCACGCAGGAACCAGUCCACCAGCAAGGCGUGGGAGCAGCCGAUCACAGACGUUCUGCGCCAAAACUUCACGCUGGUGGGCGACGGCAAGCAGGUGCUCGAGUGGGACAGCCCCGCCGACCUGCUGUUCUAUGCCAGCGGCCGGCGGCACUGCAAGUUCGUGCAGGGCCACAUGCAGCUGAGCGCGCGCCAGGAUCUUGAGAAGAUCGAGAUCGAGGUGACGCUGAACGACGAUGCGCCUGGAUUCGUGUUCGCCGCUGUGCCGCGCAAGCGCUCCAAGGGCGUGUGCCGCGAUCGCUACGAUAUCAGCACAUUUGCCAAGAUCGCCAAUAACGACAAGGUGUCGCCCAAGGUCGCCAUUAUCAGCGAGAUUGCCGAUGCCACGCAGCAGCUGCUGGCACGCUUGCGCAAGCUGGCAAAGUCCCGCGACGAGGCAUACAAGGAGAGCGGCCAGGAGGCCCUGGCCAAGGCACUGGCCGAGAAGCGCAAGAAUGAGCUCGAGGACGUCGAGCGCAUGACGCCUGAGCAGCGGCGCAAGUGGGAGGAGAAGGACCGCAAGAAGCAGCUCAAGAAGGAGCAGAGCCGGCGCACGUGCGCCGGGUCAAUCCUUUUCCUUCUAAUCCUCUAA